CCCGGCUGGGCCAUGGUGCCGAGGGGUCGGCGGCGGGAGCGCGGCGGGGCCGGGAGGCAGCUGGUGCUCAGCAGGUUCUUCGGCGCGGCGGGGACCGGCGGCGAGCGCGGCUCCGACCGGAGCACGGCUUCUGAAUGUGGCACAAAAAGGAGCACAUCAACUGAAGGCAAUGAACCCUGUGAAAAGAAGCCCAGGGCACAAAUCACUCUAGAAGAUAUCUGUAACCCGUUGAAGACUCAGCAUAAAAAAGAACCUCAAAAGCAUGAAAAGCCCCGUAUAUGUUUGCAAACUCUAGACAAACUGAGAGAAUUCUGCAGUGAUUCAGACCAGCAGUGUACCAGAGUCCAGGAGGAUGGUUUUCAGGAGAAAAAGUCUGACAGUUUGGAAAAACGUCCCAGUAUUACUGGGAGAAGUUCAGAAUUGAAGAACGCUCUUCCAUCUCGGGACACUGACCCAAAGGUUGCUCAGAAGGAGGAGGUACGAUGUGAUCUGAGUCAAUUUUCUGCAUCUCUUAAAUCCCAUGAAAAUACUCCGAAUGUUUUGGAUACAAAUCUUAAUAAAAGAACCAAAAGCAUUUACACUCCAUUAGAACUUCAGUUCAUAGAAAUGAAGAAACAGUAUAAAGAUGCUGUUUUGUGUGUGGAAUGUGGAUACAAAUACCGCUUCUUUGGAGAAGAUGCAGAGAUUGCAGCUAGAGAACUGAACAUCUAUUGCCACCUGGAUCACAACUUUAUGACUGCCAGCAUUCCAAGCCACCGGCUGUUUGUCCACGUGCGGCGCCUCGUGGCAAAGGGACACAAGGUUGGAGUAAUAAAACAAAUGGAAACUGCAGCGCUGAAAGCUGCUGGAGAAAACAAAAGCUCUCUCUUCAGCCGUAAGCUGACUGCCCUCUACACUAAGUCCACACUUAUUGGAGAAGAUGUGAACCCUUUGCUGAAGCUGGAUGAUUCUGUAGAUGUCGAAGAGGUAACAACAGAUGUCCCUGAUAACUACCUCCUCUGUUGCUGUGAAAAUGGGGAAAACCUAAGGGGCAGGAAGAAAGGUGACAUUGUUAUAGGCAUUAUGGCGAUCCAACCAACUACCGGAGAAGUAAUUUUUGACUGUUUUCGGGACUCUGCUUCUCGCUCAGAAUUGGAGAGUCGAGUUUUGCGCCUGCAGCCAGUUGAAAUAAUUCUUCCAUCCAGGUUAUCAGAUCAAUCUGAAAAGCUCAUCAGCAGUAUAACCUCUAUGAGGUUACAGGAUGACAGAAUUAGGAUAGAAAGGAUGCAAAACCUCAAUUUUGAAUACAGCCAUGCUUUCCAGCUGAUUACUGACUUCUAUGCAAAAGAAGUGCCUGGUACCACAGGUUCCCAGAAACUAUCUGUAAUACUAAGCUUGGAUAAGCCUAUUAUUUGCUCUCUGGCAGCAGUAAUUACAUAUCUUAAAGAAUUUAAUUUGGAAAGGAUGCUUUACGAUCCAAGCAAUUUCAAAAAGUUGUCUAGUGAAACUGAAUACAUGACAAUUAAUGGGACAACAAUGAAAAAUCUUGAAAUUUUGCAGAAUCAGACUGACAUGAAAACAAAAGGAAGUCUAUUCUGGGUCUUGAAUCAUACUAGAACUUCCUUUGGACGUCGAAGACUGAAGAAAUGGGUGACCCAACCUCUCAUGAAAUCCAGUGAAAUAAAUGCCCGGCUUGAUGCUGUGUCUGAAAUUCUGCUGUCAGAAUCCAACGUGUUUGGUCAGAUUCAAAAUCUUCUUUGUAAACUGCCAGAUUUAGAGAGAGGCCUCUGCAGUGUUUUUCACAAAAAGUGCUCAACCCAAGAGUUCUUCCUGAUAGUCAGCACCCUGUCUCGCCUGCACUUGGAAAUCCAAGCUCUUGUCCCGGUCCUGCAUUCCCAUGUGAAAUCUCCGCUAUUAAAAAAUGCACUGUUGGAAGUCCCAGAGCUUCUCUCCCCAGUAAAACAUUAUUUAAAGAUCCUUAAUGAAGAAGCAGCCAAGACUGGAGAUAAAACGCAAUUGUUCAAGGACCUUACAGACUUCCCUGUCAUCAGAAAGAAAAAAGAGGACAUCCAGGAUGUGCUUUCUAAAAUCCAAUUGCAUCUGCCAGACAUUCGUAAACAGAUUAAGAAUCCUUCUGCUGAGUAUGUUACAGUUUCAGGUCAAGAGUUUCUGAUAGAAGUCAAGAAUUCCCAUAAAUCAUCUGUGCCAUCUGACUGGGUUAUGAUUAGUAGCACAAAAACUGUGAGCCGCUUCCACUCCCCAUUUAUCAUAGAAAAUUAUAGGCAUCUGAAUCAGCUCCAGGAGAAGCUCGUCCUUGACUGCAGUGCUGAGUGGCUGAACUUCUUAGACCAUUUCAGUGAACAUUAUCACCCUGUGUCUAAAGCUAUUGGUCACCUAGCAACUGUCGACUGCUUGUUCUCUCUGGCCCAGGUGGCUAAACAAGGAGACUACUGCAGACCAAUCGUGCAAGAUAAUCAUCAAGAAAUAAUUAUAAAAAAUGGGAGGCACCCUGUGAUUGAUGUACUUCUGGGGGAACAGGAUCAGUAUGUUCCAAAUACCACUAACCUUUCAGGAGAUGGUGAAAGGGUCAUGAUAAUAACUGGGCCUAACAUGGGAGGAAAGAGCUCCUACAUAAAGCAAGUGGCCUUGAUCACAGUCAUGGCACAGAUCGGUUCUUAUGUUCCCGCAGAGGAGGCGACAAUUGGAAUUGUGGAUGGUAUUUUUACCAGAAUGGGAGCAGCAGACAACAUCUACAAAGGCCGAAGUACAUUCAUGGAAGAACUGACAGAUGCUGCCGAGAUAAUAAGAAAAGCCACUCCAAGAUCCCUGGUGAUCCUGGAUGAGUUGGGCAGAGGGACGAGCACACAUGAUGGAAUUGCCAUCGCUUAUGCUACACUUGAACACUUUAUUAGAGAUGUGGAGUCCCUGACCCUGUUUGUCACUCACUAUCCCUCGGUUUGUGAGCUGGAGAAGCUGUAUCCAGGCAAAGUUGGUAAUUACCACAUGGCUUUCCUGGUGAGUGAGGAGGAAACCGGUGAACAAAAAGGAUCUGAAGUUGAAGAGAAUCCUGAAUUUAUCACUUUUCUUUAUCAAAUAACUAAAGGAAUGUCUGCAAGGAGUUAUGGGCUAAAUGUUGCCAAACUGGCAGAUAUUCCUGAAGAAAUCUUGAAGAAGGCAGCUCACAAAUCAAAGGAGUUGGAAAGAAUAGUGAAUAUGAAAAGAAGGAAAAUGAAGUCUUUUGCUGAAGCAUGGAAGAUAAAUGAUUCUCAGGAACUGCAGAAGUGGAAAAGUAUGUGUGAACCUGAAGAUGAAAGAAAGGACAGUUUUUAAUCCUCAGAUCAUGGUUAAAGAUGGAAGAUAUCAGAGGUGCAAAAUAUAGGUCUGGAGACUAAUAGAUUCUAUCAGGGUGUAGUUUUAAGUGCACUAAGUUGACUUUUUGCCUUCUGAGAGAUAAGAGAUGCUGCAUUGUGUGUAAUUUUCUCUCUCCACAUCCCUAUUCACCCUUCUUCUUAAUUGCAAAAUGUCAACUGGCAUUGGAUUGAAUAUGUUUAGAAAACAUGAAAAAAAUUACUGGUAAAUUAUUAGGUAAAUAUUUUAUAAAUAAAAUAAUGUGUUUCAUCUUUAUUGUACUUCAAUUUCUAAAGAAAUAUUUCUCUUUGUUAGAAAAUGUAGCUGAGUCCCAACUGUGCUGUAUUGCUGUGCAAGUGGUAAGAGUGGGCACUAUAGCAAGACCUUUUUUGUUGUUCUAGUGGUAAUGCAUUUAAAAUUCACUGGUUUUUUAGAGCACCCUUUGCUCCUGAUCUUGUCCCUCUCUGGCAUGGUCUGGAUAAAGACUUAAUGCCAAAAUAUUCUUGGAGUAUUUUAGGGUGAGUGAAAGGGGCAAUUCAGACUGUGCAGCUGGUGCAGCACUCUGUGCCAGUGCUCUGUCAAGGACAGAGCAAAACUGAAAAAUACAAAAUGCUUUUUAAUUUUUUUAUUUUCAGUUAUCAAGGCCAAAUUUCACAUGGGAACGUGAUAUCCAAAUUGUUUAUCCCUUGUAAGUAACCAGGUUAAAUAUGUUGCAUGAUGUUGGCAGACAUGUUCCUGAGGGACUGACCCUGUGAAAGGACCCACACUGGAGCAGCUUGUACCUUAACCAAACACUUCUCUCCAGGUUCCUCAGAUGGCAAAACAUCAUUUAAACAAAUACUUUGUCUGCCACUCAGAUAGCAGCGAUCAAUGUGAGCUCCUCCUUCCAGACCCUGCAGUGCCUUGACCUAAACUGCAAGAGCUGAAGAGGAAAAUUAGUCUUUCAAGGUGUGAUUACACACGUGUGUUUAUCUAAACCAGGCAUUGUGGAGCAUAAUGAAUGCAAUACUCUUUUAUUAAUGUGCGCAGAUGCAGGGCUUUGGAUCUAAAGGCCUCUGACCCGAGUCAUCAAUGAGAAUAAAUGAGCCAUUGGUAAAUUCCUAUAUGUGCUAGAUGUGCUUUUAGUCUUUUCCCUCAAGGGAGCAUUCAGACUAUGUUCUGACAGGAAAAAAAAGACCUGGAUGCAGUGAAAAAAGUGAAGAAAUACAAUUAAGUGCUGAUGUUGGUAUUGCUAUUUGCUCAUACUAUUGAGAACAAAGCAAUCACAGCAGGGUUUUAAUGUUUGUGAUCACACUGGAAACAACUGUUUGUUUCUAGCCCUGUGGAAUCCAGCAGUGGAGGUUAUCUUGCUAUCCCAGUAAGGUUUCUUAGACAUGCAAGCCAAUUACUAAAGCUACUGUUUUAUUCGCUAUACUCAGAGAGUGAUAAGAAGCUGUUCUUGUCUUUUUAUAUUUCUAGAUUAUUAUUACUCUUUUAUUUGCAGUUCCAGCACAUUCCUGCAUCCAGGUGGCGGCUGGUCACUUGUGGUGUCUCCCAGGGAUCAGUGUUGGGCCCAAUUCUGUUUAACAUCUUUAUCGAUGAUUUACAUGAGAGGAUUAAGUCCAUCAUUAGCAAAUUUGCAGAUGACACCAAGUUGGGGGGGAGUGUUGAUCAGCUGGAAGGCAGGAGGGCUCUGCAGAGGGACCUGGAUAGACUGGAGAGUUGGGCUGAUUCCAGUGGGAUGAGGUUCAACAAGGCCAAGUGCCGGGUCCUGCCCUUUGGCCACAACAACCCCUGCAGCGCUACAGGCUGGGCACAGAGUGGCUGGAGAGCAGCCAGGCAGAAAGGGACCUGGGAGUUUGGAUUGACAGGAGGCUGAACAUGAGCCAGCAGUGUGCCCAGGUGACGAAGAAGGCCAAUGGCAUCCUGGCCUGGAUCAGCAACAGUGUGGCCAGCAGGUCCAGGGAAGUGAUUCUUCCCCUGUACUCAGCACUGGUGAGGCCACAGCUGGAGUGCUGUGUCCAAUUCUGGGCCCCUCAGUUCAGGAAGGACAUUGAGGUGCUGGAGCAGGUCCAGAGAAGAGCAACGAGGCUGGUGAAGGGACUUGAGCACAAGUCCUGUGAGGAGAGGCUGAGGGAGCUGGGGUUGUUUAGCUUGGAGAAGAGGAGGCUCAGGGGAGACCUCAUCACUCUCUACAACUCCCUGAAAGAAGGUUGUAGCCAGGUGGGGUUUGAUCUCUUCUCCCAGGCAGUCAGCACUUGGACAAGAGGGCUCCAUCUUAAGCUGUGCCAGGGGAGGUUUAGCUUGACUGUUAGGAGGAAAUUUUUUACAGAGAGAGUGAUCUGACAUUGGAAUGGGCUGCCCAAGGAAGUGGUGGCUUCUCUGUCCCUGGAGGUUUUUAAGAUGAGACUGGAUGUGGCGCUCAGUGCCAUGGUCUAGUAACCACGGUAGUGUUGGAUCAAGGGUUGGACUUGAUCUCAGAGGUCUUUUCCAACUAGGCGGUUUCUAUGAUUCUAUGAUUAGGCUUCAUCCUAAAAAGAAUUUGAAGUACAGUUUUGGUAGUGGAAUCAUCCUGGAGAUGUGCUCUGUUUUUAAAUCAGAGUAACAAAGUUUUGUGUGUGUGCUGAGUCAGCAGGUUUGAUUCUAUAAGUGUAAGGUUAAAGAAGAGUGGCCUGUGCUUAGAUGGGUCUUUGUCACAGUGGGAAUUCAUGCUAGGUUUGGGUUUGCUUCAAGAAACGAAUGUUUAAAUCUUGUUGUCUAAAUAUUAAUACUCUUGGAAACCUACAUAAGGCAUUAGCUCCUACUGCUGUGCCAGCAUGGUAUUGAUGUGGUUAAAAUUUAACAUUCAUAUGAAAAGUACAGCUUUUUGCUAUACAUGAAGGUACAGUCUGCUUGACAAACUUUUGGACUUCAUGGAUUUUACCCCUUUUUUUAAAGAUGGUGUUCAUCACUUUCUUAAACUUUUUCAUUGUUCUCUUUUCUCUGUUCUUAACAGAAAAAUUUUAACGCCUUUAUACAUCUUGUCUUGAAGGUGUUGCCUUCAGAAAUCACAGUGCCACAGGUGAGCAGCAAAACUGGCAGAGAGUUUUGAUGGGAGAGAAGGAGAGGGAGGGCUAGGUACACCGUCACUGUGUGUACGCCUUUGUGUGUUUGGUUAUAUAAAAAAAGUCAUUACGGAAUACGCAGGGUAAAAUACAUUACCAGUACAAUUACCUCUUUUGCUGGCAGACAUCUUUCACUGAAGUAAUUCUCUAGAGGAUUUCUCUUUGUGUUGCAAAGUUUUCCAGCAGUUUUUAUAGAAAUUACAUGAAUUUGCCUACCACAUAUGUUUACAAAGUGUAUAAAUCAAUUUAAAGAUCAUUGAAAUGUCAGCUUGGUCAGGUAUUGCAAUAAAGUGUGUUUACUGCAGUGAAGCUAAUGUUUGUUAAUGAAAUCUGUCUGAAAGUAAAUUAUACAAAUAUUUCUACUAAAUGUAAAAUUACUGAGAAUUUGAUUCCAUUCUUUUAGUAGAAAUACCUUGCUAGUUCUGAUAUAAAAGCAUGUUUCCUAGGGAAAUAAAGGUUUGGUGGAUUGUGUUGCACUGAGAGAAGUGGGACUUCCCUAAUUACAAUAUAGAUUUUUUUCCUUACCUAGACUCAGAGACAGGUAGAAAGCAAAGGAUAUUUUCCUAAUUUCUUAAAAAUCUUAAGCAAUUUCUGAAACAAUUGUCUUGAUGUGUAAGAUGCAAGGCCUUGCAGGUUAUGCUGUAUGUUUCUCUGAGACUGGACUGGUUUAAGCCAUAAGUGAACUGUGGGGAGAGACAUAAGACAUUUAUAGUUUUCAAAUAUUUAUGUUCUUUGAACUUGCAAGGAAUCUGUAAUUUUAUUUUUUUUUACUGCCCUUCUUCCAAAAGUUUCCAUGUAAGUAAAAGUGGUUUUUUAGGUGUUAUAAAAUAAGGUCAUUUUUAUUUAGAAUACUGGUAGCUGCCACUAGUAAUAAUAAUGAAAAAUGCUUCUGAUGUAAAUAGAAUUUUUAGCCCUUUUUCUUUUAUUUUUCAAGUGUUCUCUUUUUAUGACUUUAUUAUACUGUAAGAAAAUGGGUGAUUUUUGGGAAAGAAGGGAUUGGAAAACACAACACACAGAAAGUAUCAAAUGCACAAUCUGCAAUAAAGAAGUAGAAAUCAA